AGACGCGCAACCUGGAGGAGUUGAUCGAGACCCCGCACAGCUGCGCUCCACUUGACACGUCAGAGGUCAUGCAUCGCAGGCACACCACCCUGCGAGAGAAGGGCCGUCGGCAGGCCAUCCGAGGCCCUGCCUACAUGUUCAAUGAACGCGGCACCAGCCUCACGGCGGAGGAGGAACGUUUCCUCGAUGCAGCGGAGUACGGCAACAUUCCCAUCGUCCGCAAGAUGCUGGACGAGUCCAAAACGCUUAACUUCAACUGCGUGGACUACAUGGGGCAAAACGCGCUGCAGUUAGCAGUCGGCAACGAACACCUGGAGGUCACGGAGCUUUUGCUGAAGAAAGACGGGAUGGCGCGCAUUGGUGAUGCACUUCUUUUGGCAAUCAGCAAAGGUUACGUGCGAAUCGUAGAGGCCAUUUUGGCUCAUCCGGUGUUUGCGGGCGGCUUGAGACUGACUUUGAGCCCGCUGGAGCAGGAACUGAGGGACGACGACUUCUACGCCUAUGACGAGGACGGGACGCGUUUUUCGCACGACGUGACGCCGGUGAUUCUGGCCGCGCACUGUCAGGAGUACGAAAUCGUACACAUCCUGCUGAUAAAGGGCGCCAGGAUCGAGCGGCCGCACGACUACUUCUGCAAGUGCUGCGAGUGUACGGAGAAACAGAAACGUGACUCAUUCAGUCACUCCAGAUCGCGCAUGAACGCGUACAAAGGGCUCGCUAGCGCCACCUACCUGUCGCUGUCCAGUGAAGAUCCUGUACUGACGGCACUAGAGCUCAGCAAUGAACUCGCACGACUCGCCAACAUAGAGACGGAGUUUAAGAAUGACUACAGGAAGUUGUCUAUGCAGUGUAAGGACUUUGUGGUAGGUGUUCUGGAUCUCUGUCGUGACACAGAGGAAGUGGAGGCCAUUCUGAACGGUGAUGUGGACCAGAACCCGCCCACAGAACACCAGAGGCCCUGUCUGAGCCGCAUCAAACUCGCCAUCAAAUAUGAAGUUAAAAAGUUUGUGGCUCAUCCGAACUGCCAGCAGCAGCUGCUGACGAUCUGGUAUGAGAAUCUGUCGGGUUUGCGGCAGCAGUCCAUCGGGGUGAAGUGUUUGACGGUUCUGGGCGUUACUGUUGGAUUGCCUUUCCUCGCCAUCGCCUACUGGAUCAUGCCCUGCAGCAAGUUGGGUCAGAUAUUACGGAGUCCCUUUAUGAAGUUUGUUGCUCACGCCGUGUCGUUCACCAUCUUUCUGGGUCUGCUGGUUCUGAACGCGUCGGAUCGAUUCGAGGGUGUGAAGAAUCUCCCCAAUGAGACCAUAACAGACCAUCCACGGCAGGUGUUCCGCGUCAAGACCACACAGUUCUCCUGGACCGAGCUCCUCAUCAUGAAAUGGGUUCUGGGCAUGAUCUGGUCGGAGUGUAAGGAGAUCUGGACUGACGGGCCGCGUGAGUACGUGAUGCACCUGUGGAACGUUCUGGAUUUUGGGAUGCUGUCGAUCUUCGUGGCCUCCUUCACUGCUCGUUUCAUGGCGUUCCUCAAGGCGUCUAAAGCUCAGCUCUAUGUCGACCUGCACGUCCCCAACCAUGACAUCAGCAAUGCAUCACUUCCCGCUGACAUUGCCUACUUCACAUAUGCGAGGAACAGGUGGAGGCCGUCCGAUCCUCAGAUCAUCUCGGAGGGUCUGUACGCCAUCGCUGUGGUCCUGAGCUUCUCUCGCAUCGCCUACAUCCUGCCAGCCAACGAGAGCUUCGGCCCGUUGCAGAUCUCUCUGGGACGAACGGUGAAGGACAUCUUCAAGUUCAUGGUCAUCUUCAUCAUGGUUUUCGUGGCCUUUAUGAUCGGCAUGUUCAACCUGUACUCAUAUUACCUGGGGGCCAAAUAUAACCCCGCCUUCACCACGGUUGAGGAGAGCUUUAAGACUCUGUUCUGGUCUAUAUUCGGUCUGUCGGAGGUGAUUUCUGUGGUUCUGAAGUAUGAUCACAAGUUCAUCGAGAACAUUGGUUACGUUUUAUACGGGGUUUAUAAUGUCACUAUGGUGGUGGUUCUUCUCAACAUGCUGAUCGCAAUGAUCAACAACUCAUACCAGGAAAUUGAGGAAGACGCUGAUGUGGAGUGGAAGUUUGCUCGUGCUAAACUCUGGUUGUCAUAUUUCGAAGAGGGAAGGACGCUGCCUGCCCCGUUUAACCUGGUGCCCACUCCAAAAUCGUUCUACUACCUGAUCAUCCGGGUCAAGUCCUGCCUUAUACGACUGUGUAAGGGCAAAGGUCAUCGGCAUGACAACGAGCUGGAGAUGGGAAUGCUCAAUUCACGGCCGAAGACUGAUCAUCACCGAGCAAAUCUCAGGAGCCGAGAGGAGAACACCAUCAAGAAACCCAUCAAAAACCCCACAAGAUAUCAGAAGAUAAUGAAGCGCUUGAUUAAGCGCUAUGUUUUGAAGGCUCAGGUUGACAGAGAGAAUGAUGAAGUCAAUGAAGGUGAACUGAAGGAAAUAAAACAGGACAUCUCCAGUCUGCGCUACGAACUUCUGGAAGAGAAAUCUCAGGCCACUGGAGAACUGGCUGACCUCAUUCAACAACUCAGCGACAAGUUCGGCAGGAACGCCAAGAAACAACCUUGAGACA